UGUCACAGAUCUGUAAUUGGUCAUAUGCUCAGAGAGGAAGAUUAGGGGAUAUUUUCUUUAACUUCUGUUUGUGCUGCUGCUGAGCAGAGGGAAGGGCAGAGGGACAAGAAGCCGAAAACUCACAUCUAAUAACCAGAACUUAUAUCAGUUACUAUGGACUGUGUAUUGAGAAUAUUCACUCUCAUCCUACAGGCAGGAUUCCUUGUGGCAGAAAAUAAAAUUUCCCAUGUGCAAGGUGUAGCGGGAAGUGAAAUAUUCUUAUCACCUCAUAUACCUCAUGGAUUUACCAUCAGAGAUGUCUUCUGGAGGCAUAGCAAUGAGAUAGUAGCUUCACAUAUUCAAGGGACCACACAAACAAUAUAUCAGUCUAGGUUCUUUGAAAGAGCCCGACUCUUAAAUAACUUUACCCUGGAAAUUUCUGGCCUGGAGAUUGGAGACAGUGGAAUUUUUACCAGUCUUCUGGUUGACAUUAGAGGACACAUGAAGCAGAAUGAAUUUCACCUGACAGUGUAUGAGCCAGUAGCUCAGCCAGCAGUCCAGGUUUUUGCAUCCAGCAGUGAAGAAGAUGGCAAGAACUGUACAGUUGUUUUGAUCUGCACCACCACCAAUGGAAGCAACGCCACCUACACAUGGAGAGCAGACUCAAUGGAGCAGGAUCGUGUGAUUUCCAAUGAGGUCACAUUUGAUGGAGGCCACAUCCUAAAGGUCAUUUUGGCCCCAACUGACCAGGAUACAUUGUAUACCUGUACUGUUAAUAAUCCAGUCAGUCAGCUGAACACAUCAGUCAUGCCAUGGAACAGCUGUAAAUUCCACUCAGGAGCAGAUGCUGAGGUCUUUAGCUGCAAAAUGAUUCCCUACUUAGCGGCAACCCUCAUCCUGCUGUUCAUUGCCAUGACUUUUUGGGUUCUUCUUUGCACCAGAACUAAAGGUAAAAGCAGACAGAAGGAGAAGCAAAAUGUUGAGGGGGUAUUGUUACAACAUACCCCAGAUAGGCCUAAUCAGGAUGCAGCAGAGGACGGGCCACAGAAUGUAUAAUGACAAUAUAGAAGAAAGGCUGGAUGGAGCAGCACAUUCACUGUGAAUAGAUAACACAGAGUAAAGAAGAAGAGCACUUGGAGAUGACAAAUGGAAGUCUGUGUACAAAAACUCUCAGUUACUGCCCAAGGAUUACAUUGAGGAUUACAGUUUGUCAGAGGAACAAGGUUUGGGCACAACUCAACACUACACUGAGGCAUCAAAAUAUAUACAACUUGGUCCAUCAGGAUUCUUAGUGCACAUCUUUAUAUAAAAUGGGUCUAGAAAUUAUAAUAAAUGACUUCUUGUUGGAAGAGAAAUGUACAAGGAAAGAAAACAAAAUUAUCAUUGGAGACCUCUAGAGAUCUCUCUCCCGAAACACAUACCUCAUACUUUUUUGGAUAAGUUUCAUGUAUGGAACCUUUAUCUUGGAGUCAAGAAUUCACUUUAUUGAACACUGUCAUGUGUCUAAGGAAGGCACUGUCUUUUGGAAUUACUGAUGAUGACAUUCCACCCCCUGCAGCUACCACUUCUCCAUACUUGGUGUCAAUCACAAUGAAACUUUGUACUAGAUACUUUCCUGAUUUUUUUUUCAAUUUAGUUUGAGCAACUACUUCCCUGAUCAAAUGUAAAUGUAAAUUAGAAACGUUGAAUACAUUCUAAUGUAUAUAUUUUGUAUUGUAAAAUGGA